AUACCUAUAAGUAGUAAAAACAGAGAAACUGAUAAUUUUGCAGUGGUCUCUUAAUUUUUUCCGCAUCUGUAUGUUGUUCCAGGGACAUCAUACCCUGCGACCUCAUUCCUGUGUUGUCCCUGGAACAUCAUACAGGAGAAAGGCCUCCAUACAGUAGCUAAUGUGACCAGACUUUAAAACCAGACCAACCUGUACUCUUACAUCCACAUUUGCACACACAUUUUAGAUAGCAAUAGUUACAUUAUAAAGCUGGCACCGCUAAAUGGAGCUAUUAUUUCGAUUUAAACAGCAAAUUGCCGAUGCAACUGUAUGCUGAAGGUGUUUCUGUUUUCAGCUCUGUGAUUGGUCAUACAGCUGUCAGUGCCGCAGCAUGUGUUUCCAGGGGAACCAAUCAGCGCGCGCGUUGUUCGCUUGUGGACCUGGUGUGCAGGCUGACACCGGUCGUUAACGUAGUUAGAUGUGAAGAACUGUAGCUGGUCUGUAAAAAUAAAAGCCUUCCCCUGGUGAGGAAGGAGAAGCGGCGCAGGACUAUGGACCCGGUGAACAAUGCUGAAACAGGAGAUACAGAAACCGAAUUGGAGCCGGUCUACGUUCUCAUUCCGAAAGAAACGCGGUGCAAGAAGAAGGAGCAGGAAAAACUGUCCGGAGUCGUCAAGAAUGUCCAUAGAAAACUGCGAAGAAAAUACCGAGAAGUGGGUGAUUUUGAGAAGAUCUGGCGAGAGCACUGUGAGGAUGAACAGACUCUGAGUGAAUACGCCCUGGCCAUGAAGAACCUGGCCGACAACCACUGGGCCAAGACCUGCGAGGGAGAGGGUCGCAUCGAGUGGUGUCGCAGUGUUUGUCAGGAGUAUUUCUUGGAUGGCGGGAUGCAAAGAAUGUUGGAGAAGGAUGAGAAGAGUGCCAGGCUUGCCAUGGCCAUGUCACCUGUAGCUCUGAGUGCCCAGCCGUAUAGCUCCUCCAUCCCCAGGUCCAUCCCCCAGCUUGGUAAAAUGCGGCUGCUGGACGUUGGCAGCUGUUUUAACCCCUUCCUGAAGUUUGACGAGUUCCUCACUGUCGGUAUUGACAUAGUGCCUGCGGUCGAGAGUGUAUACAAGUGUGACUUCCUUAACCUCCAGCUCCAGCAGCCCCUGCAGCUGGCUGGCGACGCGGUGGAAGCCUUCCUGAGACAGCUGUGUAGCCCCAUCGACGCACUGCCCGCCCAGCUCUUCAACGUGGUGGUCUUCUCACUGCUCCUUUCCUACUUCCCCUCACCUUACCAGCGCUGGAUCUGCUGCAAAAAGGCCCACGAGCUGCUGGAACUGCAUGGCCUGCUGCUUAUCAUCACCCCCGACUCCUCCCACCAGAACCGCCACGCACUCAUGAUGCGCAGCUGGCGUGUGGCAGUGGAGUCACUGGGCUUCAGGCGCUGCAAGUACAUCAAGUUCUCUCACAUGCACCUCAUAGCCUUCCGCAAGGUGUCCCUGACCACCACUAGCGACCUGGUCAGCCGUAACUACCCCGAGAUGCUCUACAUCCCUCAGGACUUCCAAUCCCCCGAGGAGGAGGACUACACAGACGUGCUGGUUCAGGCACACUCCGUCUUCGAGGACGACCAGCUGGCGUGGGGCUUCACAGAGCUGCCAGACACGCCCUACGACUCGGAUUCAGGAGAGAGUCAGAGCAGUUCGGUGCCCUUCCUACACGAGCUGGAGGACCCCAUACUGCUGCAGAGCUGAGCUAGACCAGCUAAAACCCUACUAGCUACUCUCUUCUCUCUCUCAGAAGUCCUUAUUCAAUCCCUAACGCUCCCCUUGGCCCUAACCUUUCAAUGUUUGCAGAUCUGUAAGGAGGAAGCAAUAUGGUUGUAGCUUUGCCACUGCACUGCUUAUACCAAACCAGAGCCUUCAGACAUGCAACAUGGAGGGGAUGGGGAGCAAUCUGAGACUGGCUGUCUCUGUCCCCAACUGCUGCGCUGCCAAAUUAACAUGCUGCAUUCUUCUCACACUCCUUCUCUUUUCCCUUAACUAAGCAAUGCAGUUUGCACAGAGUGAAAGAAAAAGACGUUUACAGAAGUCAGUCGUUUAUUAUUCAAUAUCUUACAUGGUUAGUCUCUCAACACAACUACACAUACACACGCACACACACUUCAAUAAAUGAAAGGUUUUAAAAAAUAAAAACAUGGUAGCUGAAUGCCCUCAGGAUAGACGCAGAGGUAGCCUGCCCCUUGCGUUUCAUCCCAUCUUUGUGAUCUGUCACGCUCUACUAACAGAAGACAACCAAUCUUUACUAUUUCAAAGGCUUUUUGUUGUUGUAGUUAAACAGUUAAUGUGCUUCAGUGCCAGCAAACAGCUGACUUUAAAUCCCUCUUAAAGAGACUGAUACCACAGAGGUUUGUCAGGUUUGGUUAGAGUGAAAAGAUUCAGAUGGAAAGAUAUGCUUGCUUCUGUAAAUCAGGCGAGGCUAGACUUCCUCUAAUUCUUGGUGUGCAUUUAGUUUUCCAAAAAAGAAAGAAAAAAACAUUGUUGGACUCUCAGCAAACUAUGUGAUUUUGUUCUUAUGAACACACUGGUUUUGUCCAACACGAUGUGUGGCAAUGCCAUUUUUAUUUCAGCAUCUUUUCGGCUGAUUCAUAACAAUUAAAGUGAUAUUUGUAGCAUUUUCAGAACCUUAAGGUAGGCGUAUGUAGUUACUUUUACUGAUGUGAAACUGUUAACCGUGUUUUUUUCAUAGUGUACUAUGGUACGAGUGUUGCAAAAUAGUCCUUGCUCUUUUUUCUCUGCUGGUGUGAAGAAACUGCUGUGUAAAUCUGCACAGAUGUGAGUUUACCUUCAAUGUUGUAACCCAGAAGAUUUAGCAUUUUUUCAAUUCAACCUUAUUUGUAAAAAAAAAAAAAAAGAUCUGAUCAAUAAUAGGUCUGUAGUGAUGUCUUGCCUUCUUUAUAGGUAACUGUUGGCUUCUCUAUAGGUACUGGUAACUAUAGAAAUUAUACCGACCACACUAUGUCCACUGAAGUGAAACAUAUAUCGACCUAAGAGACACCAGCUCAAGCUGUAAGUCACACAGUUACUGUUUAUUUUUAUAUAUUGGCUUUUUCAUUCAUAGGUUCAUAGUAUCAACAAAUACUGAGUCAUUCAUUGCAUCAGUAAGUUAAUUUGACUAUCCCUUGUGUGCUCUGCUUAAAAAAAACUAUUAACUCCAAACAAUUGUCAAAAUGAUCUUAUGAACUCUAAUACAAUUCCAAAAGAUUCGCCUCAAUGAGGUUUUGCACUAAUACCAUGCUGUCUCAUUAGUCAUGCAAUCUUUGAUCUCAUCAAAGUGCAUUUUAGCAAUAGCCAGGUGUAUCCUAUACUGUAUCCUUAUGGGGAAGGUUUCUGUGUUGUUCUCAAUGACUCUAGCGCCCAAAUACUCAUUUGUUACAUAUUUGUAAUGAUAUUUCCUUUUGUGUGUGUGUGGAGAUAUGUAGGUUGAGUGUGCAUGAGUGUUUGUUGUAAUGUACUUGUGUGUGGCACUUCAUAAAUAGUAGACUAAUAUCUCAGCUGCCAUGAGUCAUGUGAUUCCUGUCAUGGGGGGGUAUAGGGUGCGUCCCAAAAUGGCACCCUAUUCCCUAUGGACCCUGGUCAAAACAAGUGCACUAUGUAGGGAAUAGGGUGCCAUUUGGGAUGGACACUUAUUAAUAUAACCAGUAUGAUGUACCUGUACCCUUAAUGUUCUCACAUCAGUUUACCUGGAAUCCUAAAGGUGCCUUCUUACUUAUCCCCGGUGAUGUUUUUGCAGUCCGCAUACAAUGGGCUUUCUUUGCCAAAUGAUUGUGUUAUGUGCAACUGUCCAAAUGAGCUACCAGCUACCACUUAAAAGUAUAAUUGGCUCAAUGUUUUACUCUUAAGAACAAUGUGUUUUGUUUAAAUGAUGUCAUUUGUCAUUUAUAAUAAUUACAUAUUGCUAUACAUCCGUUGUAACUAGAUAACUUUCUGGUCAGUUCAUGUUUGAUGUACUUUAAACUAUUUAUCUUUAGUAACAGAAAAUAUACUUUUGUCAUUACAAAUCAUUUUCUUGAAGGUUGUGAAUUGUACCAGUAAGCAAUUAGUGAUACACUCAUCUUUGUAUCUGUCUUCCAAGAGUUUGAGUCCAUUACUUUCAUAAAUAGCUUCAUUUUCAGUAUUAAGGAUUUCGACAAUUGCAGGACAAUGUGUGCAUGGUUGUUUUUCUCUUUUAUAAAUGAAUGUAAAUGCA